AUGACAAACGUCCGCACGGUUGCCAAGGACGUAUUGGCCUUGUUGGUUGAAAACGGAAUCAUACACUGUGACCUUGACAACAAAGCAAAGACGCCUGUUGUCUUUCUGGAUGAGAGCUACAUUCACCACCACUACUCCCGUCAUCAAGACAGUUUGUUCGACCCUACGUACGACGCAGCUCCAAAGGCCAAGCACAAGGGUCGUCGGUUGUGCUUCAUCGCUGGUAUUAUGGCCGACGGACCACAGGAUGCCAAAUUGCUUGGUCUCGACAUUUUCGAGGGUGGGAAAAAACGAAAGAAGGAGCCGAAAGAGUACCAUGGAAUGUUUGACCACGAGUAUUUCGUUCAUGGUUCGUGA